AUGUCCGUCUCGUGCAGAUACGCCGCGCAAUCCUGCGCCCGCCAGCUCCGCACCACCGUCGUCAGAACACCCCUCCGUACCUCCUCCGCCGUGGCCCUCCAAAGGAGAUACAACUCAACCGAGACCAGCCCCAAGAUCUCGGCCAUCGUCGACCAGAUUAGCCAAUUGACCCUCUUGGAGACGGCCGACCUUGUUGCGAGCUUGAAGUCCCGCCUCAACAUCCCCGACCUCCCCGUCGGUGGCUUCGCUGCCGCCGCCGCCCCAGCCGCCGCCCCCGCUGCCGUCGAAGAAGCCGAGGACGCCGCCCCGGCCGCCGCCGAAAAGACCCUCUUCUCCGUCAAGCUCAUGGCCUUCGACGCCGGCGCCAAGCCCAAGGUCAUCAAGGAGGUCAAGAACCUGCUCGGUCUCUCCCUAGUAGACUCCAAGAAGUUUGUCGAGAGCGCGCCCAAGCUCAUGAAGGAGUCGGUACCAAAGGACGAGGCCGAGAAGAUUGUCGCGACGAUGAAGGAGUUGGGUGCUACUGUGGUGAUGGAGUAA